CAAUAGUUCUACCCUCCUCAUUCUCUUUUUCCUCUUCUCCUCCCCUCUUUUCUCCAAAAUAAUUUCUUCCAAACACCGUCAUCGCCCAAGAAAACUAUCAGAGAAAGCAUAGAGAUGGACGGCGACUAUUCAUCAUUUGUUGCCUCUCGGACGCAGACGUCCAGCCCCGGAGCCACCGUGGAGGUGGCCAAGAAACACAGGGGCCGCCCUAAAGGCUCCAAGAACAAGCCCAAGGCCGCUCGUCCUCUCGUACCCCGCAACGACAUGAUGGCUCCUUACGUUCUCGAAGUGCCUCACGGCAACGACGUCGUCCGGGCUAUUUCCCAGUUUAGCCUCCACAAGAGCACCGGCCUCUGCAUCCUUACUGCUUCCGGCGCCGUCGUUAACGCCUCCCUCUGUGUCUCCUCCGUCGCUUCCGCUCCUGACAUCACUUGUCGCGGUUAUCACGUCAUCCUCUCCAUGUCCGCCGCAUUCAGCCCUCACCAAUCCCUCACUUCGAAUUACCCCCCCAAACCCCUCACCGUUAGCCUCGCCGCCCCCAACGGAAACGUCAUCGGAGGGUUAGUCUCUGGCAGUUUGGUCUCGGCGGGGCCGGUCUACGUCAUAGCAACUCCAUUCAACAGCCCAUCCUAUCAUAAGUUGUCAUAUGAAGAUGAAGAGAACGGGCAAAACACGACUACCGGAGAAGGAGAAAGCGGGUACGCGCCGUCUCCUCUGCGUGGUGGGAUCCCUGUGUAUAGCGGUAACCAAGCCGCCGUUCAUGGGUUUUGGGCUUCAGUGAUCAGGCCGCCACAACCUGCACCCUCGACGCCUCCUCAGUAUUCUUUUAUUGGAGGCAAUUCUAUUCGAGGCACUGUCGAGUACUAA